AUGGCGCGUCUCGGCCGCGUCGGAUUCCUCGCUCUUGCGGUGGUCUUCCAUUUGAUCUAUACAUACUCGAUCUUCGAUAUCUACUUCGUCAGUCCAAUUGUUAGUGGCAUGCGAUCAUAUGGUGUCGAACGACCAUCCGGAGUGCCCGCGCCAGCCAAACGUCUCGUCCUUUUUGUCGCCGACGGCCUACGGGCCGACAAGGCCUUCCAAGCUUUCCCUGACCCGGCCCCCGAUGCCGAUCCAUCGAACGACGAAUUGAUUCGCCUCGCGCCAUUUAUUCGCUCGAGAGUCCUCUCCCACGGAACAUUCGGCGUCUCCCACACCCGCGUCCCUACCGAGUCACGUCCGGGCCAUGUCGCGCUCAUCGCGGGUCUUUAUGAGGAUGUGUCCUCUGUCACAACUGGGUGGAAGAUGAACCCGGUAAACUUUGACAGUGUCUUCAACCAGAGCAGGCAUACUUGGAGCUGGGGCAGUCCUGAUAUUCUGCCAAUGUUCAAGGAGGGCGCCGUCCCGGGUAGGGUCGAUGCGGAGAUGUACAGUGAGGAAUUGGAGGAUUUUACUGUUGAUGCGACGCAUCUGGACACUUGGGUCUUCACCAAGGUCCAAGAUCUCUUUGAGGCGGCAAAGACGGACCCUGACCUGGACCGGAAGCUGCGUGAGGACAAAUUGGUGUUCUUUCUUCACCUGCUUGGGCUGGAUACCACUGGCCACGCUUUCCGCCCUUACUCGAAUGAAUACCUGCACAACAUCCAGGUAGUGGAUAAGGGAGUCCAGGCAAUCACAAAGUUGAUGGAAGAUUUCUACGGGGAUGAUAAAACGGCGUUCGUGUUCACCGCAGACCAUGGCAUGAGUGACACGGGCAGCCACGGUGAUGGUCAUCCAGAUAACACGCGAACACCGCUGGUGGCCUGGGGCUCUGGCGUUGCGCGGCCCCAGCUCUCAUCUAGUGGGAUGGCUGCGGGGCACGAAGAUAGAUUCUCAGCCGAUUGGGGAUUCGACCAGGUCCGUCGACAUGACGUAGCACAGGCCGAUGUGGCCGCGCUCAUGGCCUAUCUGGUCGGCCUGGACUUCCCCGUCAAUUCAGUCGGCCAAUUGCCGUUGGAUUAUCUCAGUGCGAGCCCCAAGGAGAAGGCGCUGGCCACCCUCGCCAACACGCAGGGGGUUCUGGAGAUGUACCGGGUCAAAGAAGAGCAGAAGAGAAACGCGGUAAUUCGGUAUGUGCCUUAUGAGCCCUUGUCAGGCUAUCACGAGAACUCGAGCGAAGGCAGACUGGCAAGAAUCAAGGCACUCAUCUCCAAUGGUGACUACGAUGAGUCUAUUGCGAUGUCCUCCGAGCUUCUUCGCGUUGCUCUCGAGGGUCUGCGCUAUCUACAGACAUACGACUGGCUCUUUGUGCGGACCAUUGUCUCUGUUGGAUACUUGGGAUGGAUCGCGUAUGCGCUGACCACGGUGAUUGAUUUGCAUGUCUUGCAUGGAACGUCAGACUCUCAUCGGACUAUGGCGAGUAUCUCAUUCUUUUCGUCAAUUCUGGUCGUGCUGUACUCAGUAUUCCUCUACCAAGGGUCAUCAUGGCGCUAUUACUUCUAUGCGUUCUUCCCUGUCUAUUUCUGGGAAGAGGUAUUUGCGCGCCGCAAGGCUCUGGUAGCCGGCCGCAAUAUUGUGCUGGGCCAUGUGCGCUCUUUCACCGGGUACCUUAAGCUUGGACUACAACUACUAGCAUUCCUCGGUGUGAUGGAAGCAUUGGUCCAGUCCUAUUUCCAUCGCGAAAUCUUCACUGUAUGCUUUGCCUUGGGUGCAUUCUGGCCUGUGGUCCAUGGCCUUGGCUUCCUUCGGAGCCAUGCCCUUCUUUCUGCGACUUGGGCCAUAGGCUGUGGAUUGAUGAGUUUGUUCACUCUUCUGCCAGUGAUCAAGGUUGAAAACAUCGACACAAUCACAUAUGGUGGUUCACUUAUGUUCCUCACCGGCUUAAUGUAUCUCUUGUUUGAGGAUUCCAUCAUUGGAGAACACGAGACAACAUCUGAAGAAUCCAAUGCCACUGGCCGUGUUGGUUCGCGAGUCAUCAUGGGCACUCAACUCGGCAUGGUCCUACUUGCCGUCAUCGUCACUAGAUCAUCUGUGCUCUCUCUCCAGGCUCGUCAAGGCCUGCCUUUUGGGAAUCUUGUAGUUGGGUGGGUUGUUUUAGUGGCUUCCCUGACUCUUCCAUUCCUCCACCGUCUGUAUCCGAACAGCCACUAUCUUCACCGGCUCAUGAUCAUCUUUUUGACCUUCUCACCAACCUUCAUCAUUCUUACAAUCUCAUGGGAAGGGCUGUUCUACUUUGUAUUCUGCCUGACCAUUGUGACCUGGGUUCGCUUAGAACACGCCGUUUACGUUCAUGAGACCGGUACCCUAAAGAAACCUAAGAGUACUGGUGUGACGACCGUCGAUGGCGACAAUUUCUACUACCGGGCCCUUGCUCUCUCCGAUGUCCGUGUGGCACUCUUCUUCUUUUUCCUCCUGCAGUCGGCAUUCUUCAGUACUGGCAAUGUCGCCUCGAUCUCGACCUUCUCCCUCGACAGCGUCCGGCGGCUUAUCCCCGUCUUCGACCCCUUCGCCCAAGGCGCCCUUCUGAUUCUACAAAUCCUCAUCCCCUUUGCAAUCAUCAGUGCCAAUCUAGGCAUCCUCAACCGCCGCCUGGAGGUACCUCCCAGUGCGCUCUUCAUGGUUGUCAUGGCCAUCUCGGACAUCAUGACUCUCAACUUCUUCUUCAUGGUGCGUGACGAGGGCUCAUGGCUCGAUAUUGGUAUGACCAUCAGCCAUUUCUGCAUCGCAAGUGCCCUCUGCAUCUUCGUGGCGGGGCUAGAAUUCCUCAGUGAGCAGUUUGUUAGCGGGGUGGAUUUUGCCCCCGUGGUGGCAGCCGUUGGGGCUGCGGUGGUCCAGACUAUCGAUGAAACCACUUCAUCUGGUCACGAGGACCCUAAGGAGUCUAAGAAGGCCCAGUCCAAUGGGGCUAGGCAGUCUAAGUCCAAGUCAAAGGGCAAGGGCAAGGGUAAAUCUGCAAAGAAUUGGUCAUGA